AUGAAGCCCGUGCUCUUCACCAUGAAGCCCAUGUUCGUCACCAUGAAGCCCAUGUUCUUCACCAUGAAGCCCGUGUUCUUCACCAUGAAGCCCAUGAUCUUCACCAUGAAGCCCGUGUUCUUCACCAUGAAGCCCAUGUUCGUCACCAUGAAGCCCAUGUUCUUCACCAUGAAGCCCGUGUUCGUCACCAUGAAGCCCAUGUUCUUCACCAUGAAGUACUCUGCUAUAGUUAGACUGACAGCCCCAGUUCCACCCCAGCAUCCACCCCAGCCCCGCCCCAGCCUCCACCCCAGCCUCGCCCCAGCCCCGCCCCAGCCCCACCCCAGCAUCCACCUCAGCCUCCACCCCAGCCCCGCCCCAGCCCCGCCCCAGCAUCCACCUCAGCCUCCACCCCAGCUCCGCCUCUGCCUCCACCUCAGCCUCCACCCCAGCUCCGCCCCUGCCUCCACCUCAGCCUCCACCUCAGCCUCCACCCCAGCUCUGCCCCUGCCUCCACCUCAGCCUCCACCCCAGCUCCGCCCCUGCCUCCACCCCAGCAUCCACCUCAGCCUCCACCCCAGCAUCCACCUCAGCCUCCACUCCAGCCUCCACCCCAGCUCCGCCCCUGCCUCCACCUCAGCCUCCACCCCAGCCUCCACCUCAGCCUCCACCCCAGCUCCGCCCCUGCCUCCACCCCAGCCUCGCCCCAGCCCUAGCCCCAGCCUCGCCCCAGCCCCACCCCAGCCUCCGCCCCAGCCCCAGCCCCAGCCUCAGCUGCCUCCACCCCAGCCAAUGUAG